CUCCCCACACAUUCUUGUUAUUAGGAAGCACUCCAGAAGGAUACAACAAGUGCUAUUUUGGUGGUGCUGACCAACAAGAGCAUCUAUCACAACUGCUGCUAAUUGCUUUUGGCACCGCUGGCUUCUUGGCACAUUCACAAGCAUUGAAACUUGAAACUCUCAUUCUCCCACAUGUCUCUUGAAGCCUCCAGGCUCCAAUUCAUCCUCACAUUCUUCAAUCUUCCUUCCCUUUUCUCAGUUUGCUUGUGAUUUGAGCCUUGUUGAUUCAUCUGACACCCAGAGUAAAACAGAAAACAAGAAAAUCAUGUAAACUAUACUUGUUUUCUCACCAGCAGAAUUUGUUGUCCCCGUUCCAAUGGCAGCCAAGUAGCUCUACAGAAGGAGUGAAGUGGCUGAAAAUCUGAUAUUGAUUCCCUUAACCUUCUUGGGUGGGUAAAAGAUAUGGAAGAAACAUUUGUACCCCUUGAAGGGAUCAAGAAUGACCUCAGAGGGAGGUUAAUGUGCUACAAGCAGGAUUGGAUUGGUGGAAUCAAAGCAGGCCUAAGGAUUUUGGCCCCCACCACAUACAUAUUUUUUGCUUCUGCAAUACCUGUCAUUUCUUUUGGUGAACAACUAGAAAGAGAUACUGAUGGUGUUCUAACAGCUGUUCAAACUUUGGCAUCCACUUCAGUAUGUGGCAUCAUACACUCAAUCAUUGGUGGUCAACCUUUACUUAUUUUAGGUGUGGCAGAGCCUACAGUGAUCAUGUACACAUUCAUGUUCAAUUUUGCUAAAGAGAGACCAGAGUUGGGCCGGGAAAAAUUUCUGGCAUGGACAGGAUGGGUAUGUGUGUGGACUGCACUGUUGCUAUUCUUACUGGCCAUCUUAGGAGCUUGCUCCAUAAUCAACAGGUUUACGCGAAUUGCAGGAGAGUUGUUUGGCAUGCUUAUUGCAAUGCUCUUCAUGCAGCAAGCUAUCAAAGGACUAGUGGAUGAGUUUCGCAUACCGGAAAGAGAAGAUCCAAAAUCAAUUGAGUUUAUACCUUCAUGGAGAUUUUCUAAUGGAAUGUUUGCUUUAGUCCUUUCUUUUGGCCUUCUCUUCACUGCAUUAAGAAGUAGAAAGGCAAGGUCAUGGCGUUAUGGUAGUGGUUGGCUUCGCAGCCUAAUAGCUGACUAUGGUGUGCCUCUUAUGGUCCUAGUUUGGACUGGUGUGUCCUACAUGCCAUCUAAAAGUGUUCCAAAUGGUAUCCCAAGGCGCCUCUUCAGCCCAAAUCCUUGGUCACCGGGUGCAUAUGAGAAUUGGACUGUUAUUAAGGAUAUGAUCCAUGUUCCUGUUGUCUACAUAAUUGGAGCAUUUAUUCCAGCAACCAUGAUUGCAGUGCUCUAUUACUUUGACCACAGUGUGGCAUCCCAGCUUGCCCAGCAGAAAGAGUUCAAUUUGAGAAAGCCAUCUUCUUACCACUAUGACUUGCUCCUUUUGGGAUUUUUGACCUUAAUGUGUGGCCUUAUUGGAAUUCCUCCUUCAAAUGGAGUCAUACCACAGUCCCCAAUGCACACCAAGAGUCUAGCAACUCUAAAACAUCAGUUGCUUCGGAACAGACUAGUGGUAACAGCGCGAAAAAGUAUUGGAAAGAAUGCUAGUUUAGGACAGUUAUAUGGGAAUAUGCAAGAAGCCUAUCAUCAAAUGCAGACACCUCUUAUUUACCAGGACCCCUCUGCAAGAGCACAGGGACUAAAAGAACUGAAAGAAACAACCAUUCAAGCUGCUACCAGCAUGGGAAACAUGGACGCCCCGAUAGACGAGACUAUGUUUGAUGUUGAGAAAGAAAUCGACGACCUGCUACCGGUUGAGGUGAAGGAGCAGCGUGUGAGUAACUUGCUUCAAUCAGUGAUGGUUGGAGGGUGUGUUGCAGCCAUGCCAAUCCUCAAGAGGAUUCCUACUUCAGUACUUUGGGGCUACUUUGCAUUCAUGGCCAUUGAAAGUUUGCCAGGAAAUCAGUUUUGGGAAAGGAUCCUGUUACUCUUCACUGCACCAAGCAGAAGAUACAAGGUGCUUGAGGAUUAUCAUGCUACUUUUGUGGAAACAGUCCCUUUCAAGACAAUAGCAGCAUUCACCAUUUUCCAAACCGUUUAUCUUCUAGGAUGUUUUGGACUAACUUGGGUUCCUAUCGCGGGGGUCAUGUUCCCUUUGUUGAUCAUGCUCUUAGUUCCAGUAAGACAGUACUUCCUCCCCAAGUUUUUCAAAGGGGCACACCUUCAGGACUUGGAUGCAGCAGAGUAUGAAGAGCAAACUGCUUUACCAUUUAACAUUGCCGCGCAAUCAGAAUUUGGAGGUGGUGCUUCUCAUAUUGGAGAAAGUGAGAUCCUAGAUGAAGUUAUCACUAGAAGCCGCGGUGAGUUUAGGCACACAAGCAGCCCAAGGAUCACAAGCUCCACUCCAACACCAGGAAAUGAAACUAAAAGCCAUUUGAGCCCGAAUCUCUCUUUUAAUUCACGCAUGGGUGAGUUCACAACUGAGCAAAGUCCUCGUUCUGGUGCAAGAGGUCCUAGUCCAAAGGCCAGAGAAGUGAGAUUAUCAAGUCUUGGAAGAAGUCCUCUUGAUCCUGAUUCAAAACAGAAGCAGGACAAAAAAUAAUUAAUCAAACUUGAGAAAGAUUAUAGUGUUGUGCAUUAGAAUGAUUAGGAGGCUUAUUUAUUUGUUAAUUUUCCAUUUUAGUUUGUUUCUACAAUAAUUUUGCUUGGCAAGGUUGUAAAAAAAGUGUGGCGCCUCCUAUAUAUGUCAAUUGUAUAAGUGAAUGUUUGUUAUAUUUUUGUGCAAAUGUAUAUCAUCAUCACAGGUUUGUUUUAAUAAAUUGUGACUCUAGUUUGAGUCUUUAUUA